UACUUGUUCUGACUUAUGUAGUCAAAUGGCUACAUCAGUUUUGCUUAUUUUUUAGAAUUGGUGUUUAGUUAUAGGGGAACUAUAAGUCUAAAUUGUUUAUAUGUAUAUAUAUUUAUAUCUAUAUCUAUCAGUCUGUGAAUGGGCUUUGGGUGUUGCUUGACAAUGUGGGUGUGUGUUUUUGUUUUAUUCCUGAUAGCAAAACCUUAUAAAGAUGUUUCUGAUAUCCAGCUGCUUCUUUCUGCAGUUUUUACCCUUCUUGGUCAUUAGUUCUGAUGCCAUUUUGUGUAUGGGAAAGCAGCAAUCCAGAUGUAAUAGUGUUUUAUAGAUAAUCACAGGACUGAAAGCAGACUUCACUGAAAGCAUGUGUUUGUUAGAGAAUGCUUUGGACUUUGAAAUUGAGGGAUCUUAAGUGUUUGAUUAGUUUUAUUACUGUAUUUCAAUGGGGUAGUUCCAGCUUGUUAUUUAUUGACUUUUUAAAAGAUAUAACUAGAAGAUCUAGGGAGACUUCCUAGGGAUUAGGACUAUCUUUGUUAUCUGCAAAUUGUAGGGAUAUAACUACGCUCAAUGACUGAAGAGCUCAAACUGUCAGUUUCUUUGCACUUUUAAGUACAAUUUUCUUUCUGUUACUUGGUCUUAGGAAUAGUAAUGUAUCACUUUUUUUGCUGUACAAAUUCUUGCAACGUAAUUUCAGAAGAUACUCUUCAUGGAAGUACAGGCCAUCAUGAAAAACUCAUUAAGUGAUCUUGAAAUGAUUUAUCUUUCUGUAUCUCAUUUAAAAAAUACAUUCCUGGUAUAAUUUGAUAGUGCCUUUUUUUGUUCAGGGCUUCUUAAAAAAAAAACAAAACCGGCCUAACAACUCAAGGUCAUUAUAUCUACUGCUAGCAACAUGAAAGGAAAUGAUUUCACUUUGGUUGUGGUCUGUAUUUAAAUUUGUUAGCAUUUUAAUUGUCAGUCUGAAUUACACAGUGAAAUUGGCUUCCUAUUGAAGUGGAUGAGGUGUUGGAUUACAAUUCAUGCUUCUGAAGUUUUUCCUUCCCCUCCCACAUCGGUGAUGUCAGAUAACUUUUAAUUGUAAAAUGUCUCUUUAUUACUAGCUACAUAAGAGCUAGAGAAAUCAGAGUAAUCUUUUCAGUUUCUGAGUAAGGCCACAGUGUCAGUUAUCACAAAACUGAUGGGGGUAGUCUUUAUAAAUAAUUAUAGGAAAUGCACGUGAAAGUAUCUGUACAACAUUACUUUAGCAAUCAGUGUUGCCAAGUCCACAAAACUUGAUAGAGUUUCUGGACUAGUUUUCCAUGUUGAGUACUAUUUCAUGUCUUCUGAUAGUUAAGACUAAAAGGAAGAAAUGGGGGAGAGAUUUCCUCCUGCUCAGUUGCUAUCAGUUUAGGAAAGGAUAUGGUCUUCUGUGUAACAGUUAGAAGGGUGUUUUAAGCUGUUUUAAAUGGCUGAACAUAUUUCUUGUGAAGAAUCCUGUGCAGACACUGCAAGAUACCACCUUUAUCUCUGGAGACUCUGGACAGCUCUUUAAAUUCCAGUUUCUUUCUUAAACAAUUUUCAGCUGUUUUACUGUUUAAAACAUAGCUUUAGUCUUGACCUUGUAAAUGGUUCUAGCUUGGUUGUUUUCAGUAUAUGUUUGCACUGAGUUAAGAGUUCCAAAUGCUUUUUUAACCCCAUCAUAGUUGGGUGAGACAUCAAUAUACUCUUAACUAGUAUAUUUAAAUUAUGUUGCUUUUCUUAAAAACACUUUGAAAGGUGCAGUUAGCAAGCUACUACAACCCUUCUCUAAAUGAGACCAAGGCUGGAUUUUUUCAAAGGAUUUAUAUUAAGGAUGUUCUAGUUAUCUUAUUUUCCAAGUUUACUUUAAAAAUGGUCCAGAAUGGGGGCAUUUUUCUGUCAUAUGUAGCUAUAGAAAGCUUCCCAAACUGCAUGAGAGCAGUAGUCAACCAGUAAAAUAUUAGUGACAAUGUUCUGUCACUACCAGUAUCCAGUAUCAACAGAUACAAAGGAGGAACAAAUCAAUUUGUGCUAGACAACUAUAUUCUGUCUCAAGGGAGAUUCCUCCCCUCCCCCCUGUAAGAAUUGAUAUGAAGGCAGGUGACCAAACCACAACUAGGGUAUUGAGGAAAAGUUUGUUCCAAUAUCAGAAACCCCAAAUACACUGCUAAAUCAUGCAGCAGUUGAAAGAGCAGCCCAGGAAAACCAUUCUGGUGCUUUUAUAACAACACCUUUUGCUUGUGCAUAACUUCAAGACUGUGUUCUCCCCUGUGCUUUAUGGUCUCCCUCUCUCCCAGCAGAGGCCUCAGGCAUGUCUGUAAGAACUUAAUCUCUUCUCACAAAAGGGAAGCUAACUUCUAAAACAGACAAGCAGAGAAAUAGAUAGCACUAUUCAUGGGAAAGAAUUUUCUCCCACACCAUGUUUUUUCUAGGCCUAGUUUUCCCAGCAAGACCUCCUUGAGUAAAACUCUUUUUCUUCCUCAAAUAAAUCUUCUGCAUUCACAUUCUGUCCCUACACCCUCCUGAAAGUGAAAUGUUUUAUGCUCUAUAGCAUAAUAGAUUUAAGAGACUCAAUUCCUCAUGAAAAUAUUUAUUAUGGUAACUGGAUAUUCUUACUUGCCAAAAGAAGUCUUAAUUUUUCAGUCUUAAAUUUUUCAAUUCAGUAAUACUGUGAGGAAAUCAAUUCUAUGCCAUAAUUAUGCAUUGUGGGAUAAGACAUUGGGCACCAGUCUGCUGCAAAUAAUAGAUUUUAUUCAAGUGAUAAACAUGCUAUUUUUGAAAAUAAAUAAAUUGGAUAUAAGAUGAGCUAAAACUACUAAUUUAUAAAUUGGAAAAAUACGAUAUAUAUAAGUACAUUAUUUCCUAGUUUAGUAGUUAAUUGCACUAGUGCUUCUUAAGAUAAAAGGAAGCUUUAGCUAGACUGUCUUGGGAGAACAAGUUUGUGUGGUAAGAAUAGCAACUUUGUAGAUUAUUUUCGGUAUUUAGAUACCCUUCUUUCCCAAUUUUGAUGCUAAAAUCCUUAUGUCUAUUGAGUAAUGUGUUCUGCUGAAUAUGCAUCAUCAGUUAUAGCAUUACCUAGUAGAAACUUUAAUCCAUAAGGCAUAAAAUCCAUCCUGACAGUUUUUAGACAUGAUAAAAAAGCCUGGGAAAGAUGAAUUUAGUGCAAGGAGCCUUGGGUGCCUUGGGUUCACAUCUAUAGGUCUUACUGGCACCAUAGCUAUGAUUGCAUGGUGCUUAUAAAGUUGAAUCAUUGUUUUAUGAAUGAGGAAUAGUGUGUUGCCCAAUUAUUCAAUCUAGUAAAUGUUCUUGCUGUUUAAUACUUGAUAGCAAAAGACUUUUCUUAACUGCUUGGUUAUGAUGAAUCUAGUGGUGUCCGGCACGUACGUAGAAUGUUUCACCCAGGCCGGGGUUUGGGAGGCCCCCGUGCACGUAGAUCAAACAUGCACUUUACUAGCAGUUCCAGUGGUGGCCUUUCAUCUUCUCAGAGUUCAUAUUCUCCAAGCAAUAGAGAAACCAUGGAUCCUAUAGCUGAGCUUUUAUCUCAGUUAUCAGGCGUGAGACGUUCUGCAGGCCAGCUCAAUUCUUCUGGCCCUUCUGCUUCUCAGUUACAGCAACUGCAGAUGCAACUGCAGUUGGAGAGACAGCAUGCACAGGCAGCAAGACAACAACUGGAAACUGCCCGCAAUGCAACUAGACGCACUAACACAAGCAGCAUCCCCACCACUCUUACACAAUCUAUAGCAGCAACAAAUACAUCUAACACAGAAAACAAUCAUCAGACUAUACAGAAUUCCCAGUUUCUUCUUAUGAGGUUGAAUGAUCCUAAGAUGUCAGAAGCAGAACGUCAGUCAAAAGAAAGCGAACAGGCAGAUCGCAGCUUGUUUGUUCAAGAGCUUCUACUGUCCACUUUGAUGCAGGAAGAAAGUUCCUCCUCAGAUGAGGAUGAACGGGGAGAGAUUGCUGAUUUUGGUGCUAUGGGCUGUGUAGAUAUUAUGCCUCUAGAUGUUGCUUUAGAAAAUCUAAAUUUAAAAGAGAAUAAUAAAGGAAAUGAGCCUCCUCUUUGAUGGCAUCCCACUUUGCAGACAAUGUCCUCUGUGCUGUAUUUGCCAAUGAAAGUGGACAACAACUAUCUUGGGUUUGUUUUGGUGAUUGUAAUUUCAGGUCUGUCACUCUUGUUACAUUGUGUACAUUCAAAGGAAGAGAGAAAAGAUAUAUAUGAUAAUCAUUUCCAAUUAACCAAUUUUUACUUUUAGCAGGUAAAUAUAGGUUGCAGUGCAGAGAAAAAAAGCUCUGUGUCCUGUAGCUUGACGUGCAAAAAAGCUCUCCUAAUACUCAACAUUCAAACUGAAGAGGAAAAAAUAAAAAAAUCUCUAAUGAAGCUGCUGUGUGUAUUUAUGAAUAUUAAUGAAUAAAACUUGCUUGGAUGGUUUACCUUAA